UUUGAAAUCUUGACAGAUAUGAUUUAAGUGUGAUCCUUACGAUGGAGGACGUUUUGCGCAAUACAUUCGGCCAUAAAGGCUUUCGAUCAAAGCUGCAGGAAGAUGCAAUCAGGGAAAUCAUCAAAGGUGAUAAGGAUGUCUACGUCUCAAUGCCGACUGGUUCAGGAAAGUCUUUAUGCUAUCAGUUACCGGCUGUAUUAGCCAAGGGUCGAAUAACCUUGGUUGUGUCUCCGUUGAUUGCCUUGAUUAAGGAUCAAAUCGAUUCCUUGAAGAAGGUGAAGGUGUGUGCAGAAAGUGUAAAUUCGUCCAUGUCGGAAGCAGAGAGAGCACGAGUGUGGGAGGACUUGAGGAAACCUUUGCCAGAAACAGUUAUGUUAUUUGUCACUCCAGAGCUGGUUGCCCAACCGCAUUUUCAGGAAAAAUUGAAGGCCCUAGUUGCUAAAAAGAAAAUAGCACAUUUUGCUGUUGACGAAGCGCAUUGUGUCAGUCAAUGGGGUCACGAUUUUCGGCAUGAUUACUUGAAACUUGCCAAAGUUCGACCUCUAAUGCCUGGUGUGCCUUGGAUUGCCUUGACCGCAACUGCUCCAAAAUUGGUUCAACAAGAUAUUUUCAAUCAGCUGGAGUUCAAGAAGCCAGCAAUUUUCAAAGCUUCGUGCUUUCGAAAGAACCUCUUUUAUGAUGUAAAAUUCAAAGAGAAUCUGACGAAUCCUCUGCGGCACUUAUUACAGUUUCUGACAGAUGCGUUGGCUGGGAACAAAAAUCUCCCGAAGGGAGAAAAAGGAAGUGCCAUAGUUUACUGUCGUAAAAAGGUAGACGUGGAAGAAAUGGCAACGUCGUUGACAAAAUUGGGAUUGCCUGCUCGGGCGUACCAUUCGGGUAUACCGAGACUGACUAGAGCAAAGAACCAAGAAGAUUGGAUGACUGGAGAAUUCAGUGUCAUUUGUGCAACUGUUUCUUUUGGUAUGGGUGUUGACAAAGCGGCUGUGAGGGCUGUUGCGCAUUGGUCGUCGCCGCAGUCCAUUGCUGGCUACUAUCAAGAAUCUGGUCGUGCAGGCAGAGAUGGUUUGCCUGCGAAAUGUCGUGUCUAUCAUUCCCAUAGUGAUCGGAAUUCCUUGCAGUUUUUGCUGAACCAAGCGCUUACGAAAGCUAAAAAUGAAAAGCAGACUCAAACUGCGAAUGAAGCUUUGAAAGAAUUGAAAGUUAUGAUGAGUUACUGCGAAGGAACGAGUUGCCGUCACGCUGGGUUUGCCAAACAUUUUGGAGAUAGUCUAAAAGACUGUAAAAAGCUGUGUGAUGCUUGCGUUGACCCAAAAAAGUUGAAGGAAAAAGUUUCUGCCUUCGCAGAUGCAAGUGCAUCUACCAGAACUUGGAUCAGUUCGAAGGAAGAUGAUUCUGAUCUCUAUGGAGGGGGAAGAUCUGGUGCCAAAAGAGAAGGGGAGUACUAUGCGGAAGACUCAGAAGAGGAAGUGAAAUCUAAGCUUGCUUUAAUGCGCACCAUUGAAAAGCAGUUCGCUUUGCGUCGUAAGAAUGCCGCCCCGCCUCCGUCUGAGAUAGAUGAAGAUUUUUCUGUCAUCCGAAGUCAUCAGUUCACGGGGAAAAUCAAGAACCUCACAAAUCAAAGUCGGAAAUGCCACUGGGAAAGAAUCCUUGGCAGCCUUACGGAGCAGGCCAAAGCUUACAUUGAGUCGCAUCCUGAAAGCAAUCCUACGCUGGAUAACAAAAUGUUAUGGGAACUAGCCUCAGAACUUGAAUACUCCGUGUUCACGUCGAACCGGAACUUGAUGAUGUACAAUAUGAACGCGACAACGUUGAAAAACUCCCUGGCGAAGGAUGUGAAAAAUGGCAAAACGCAUGCGAACAUUCUUGAAAACUUCCGAAAACAACGGAUAGACGAAGGUGAUAUCUGCGAAACGAAUACAGUGGAGUUAAUGCCAGAAAUGUCGGAGCCAGUAAACGAAGCCGUAAAAAGCUCCUUCACAAAAGCAUCUUCUCUCCUGCCAAAGCCUGUGAAAGAGCCAAUCAAGAACUCCUUUAGAAGCGCGUCUUCUCUGCUUCCCGAAUCGUCAUUUCUUCAAUCACAAACGCCUGCAAAAUCUCCUGCAGGAAAUGCCGACGUUGAGCGGGAAGAAAUGCUGUGUGAUGAGCCGGCUUCUGCCUUAACUAUACUGUCGGAAGUUGAAGUCGAGUCGAAUCCAAAAACUGAAACACGCUCUGGUUCACGGGAUGAAAACGAAAAUGAUCUCCAAAAUUCUACCCAUCGGGUUUCCCCAUCGCCACCUAAAGACGAUGCAAAGCCUCGCAGGAAAAAACCCGUUCAUGACGAAAAACGGCGACGUUCUUCAGAAUCAAAAGCUACCUUCUUGGAUGGUCAUCGUGAUCGUAUGCAAAUGAAGCGAGAAAUCGCUGUUAUGGUGACGAAAGAAUUAAUGCCCUUUAUGAGCUCCGGAAAAAUUGGAAGUCGAGAUAUUUUCAAGCGCCUGAACCAAGCCGUUUGCCACGAAUUUCGGAACAUCAACAAAAUACCAACCCGCAAACAUCUACAGAAGGUCUUUGUUGGCGUGUUCGGCAAGAAUCGUGUAAUAUCGGACGAAUCAUGCUUCCUGGAAGUGAAGAAAGCCUUGUCGGGAUUUGUUGCGAGCUGUGAAUGAUCGUCGAGGAUUAUAAUCUGUGAUCAUGUCUACCUUCUGUACUGAAAGUGGUCGUAGUUAUUAAGUUUGACACGCCUGAUCCAUUGCAGUAUGAGGAAGAACUCGUGUAUUUUGGCAUCAUUCAUGAAACCAUCUGAUUUGUUCUCCCGGUUUUUGCUGCCUGCGAUAUCUGCUCAGGUUAUAUUUCGUUAUUUCUUCAGCGUAGUGUUUUUGUUGAUCAGGAAUCAACAUCCACAGAUUAUCUGACAUCAGAUGCACCACGGAUUAUCUGUUCCGAGCAUCAUGGCUCAGUGGUGGUACAGUAAUAUUUUUCACCAAGUGCUGGAGAGAUUUUCAUUUUUGUAAACGUUCCCAAUUCUCACCCAUUGACCAAUAAAAUCUGAAACUCAUUUGAAAUACAACAUUGUUCCUGUGGGAGCUUUCGAAUCCGAAUGUCUCAGGAAUUUUUUUUCCUUCUAUAACGUUCGCUCGUUUCUUUCGAUUUUGUUUUUAGUUAGACGUAUGGGUUGUUUCUUGUGAUGGCGUGUGUUCUUGCAUUGUUCGGCUUCUAACUUUUUUUUUUUAAUUCUGAGAAACUUGUGUCGAAGUUUUUUUACUAUUCAAUUUUUUCUUGAGUUCAACCAAAUUGGUUGUGUUUUGUGAAGGCUUGAGUUCUUGCAUUGUUUUGCUUCUAAUUUUUUUUUAUUCUGAGAAACUUAUGUUGAGAAGUUUUUUUAACUAAAGAUUGUUUCAACACAUCAACUGCCUAAUUUCCUACACACCCAUUAUUGCAUCAUUUCACUUCAUUUACAUUUAGAUAGGCUGGAGACAUUUUUAAAAAUUUUAAAUUCAAAUCUUUGUCAAAUAUUUGAAUUUUAAACUUGAUCCCAAAAUGGGACUCACAGCAGCUACUAUCUUCAUUUUUUUUACCAAUAAGAAAAGCCUUCUAUACAUUGGAAAACAAUUUUUAUGGCAUUCUUUUGACUAAAUUUUAUUAUUGUAAGCUAAAUUUGAGUGCAAAUGUAUCUUCUGUUACAUUUGUGAUGCUAGUAUACCCCCAUGAAUGAAAUGCAU